AGAAAAAUUUACUGGUACGUUCUUCACCGCUGCGUCCCAGGACCAGGAAGCUAAACGGAGACGCACCCAAUUUGCACUAGUCUUCUUGAGCCAAGAUGGCGAGGUCUCUGCAACGAGUUUGGAGUUAUGGUCGCUCCCUGGGCACACUGUCCAGGCCCUUCUCUGCGACAACGGACGCAUUGGUGGAGGCGCAGGUCAAGCCCGGCGAGAUCGGUAUGGUCUCUGGGAUCCCCGAAGAGCACCUUCGCAGGAGGGUGGUAAUUUACUCACCAGCUAGAACUGCAACACAACAAGGAUCUGGAAAAGUUGGAAGGUGGAAAAUAAAUUUUAUGUCAACGCAAAAGUGGGAAAAUCCGUUGAUGGGUUGGACAUCCACAGGGGAUCCAUAUGCCAAUGUUGGUGAUGCCGGACUCAGUUUUGACAGUGAAGAAGCUGCAAAGGCAUUUGCUGAGCGACAUGGUUGGGAAUAUGUGGUUUUAUGUCCCAUUUUUUUCCUGUUUCAAAUUACUACACAAACAAAUAUUAUUGCUAGUUUGGGAUUCCACAGACAGGAGGAUAAUGUGAGAUGCAAUUAUGAUGUUGUCCCUUUGUUGAAAUGUUCUGUGAUACUGCUCCUCUAGAAAAGGGAAGAGACGGUUUUUUUAAUAUCAUCACCGUCUCUGGAACAAUAUUUAUCCUUUUAAUUUCCUAGCUUUUUUAUUUUUUACCCUUGAAAUUUUACAAUUUUGAUGAAAGUGUUGCUUAAUUGUGAAUGAGGUUCAGAUUAGUUUUUGCAUUAUGAUAAACAGUCAGCAUUUUUUUUCUUCUGAUUUUAGAUUCCCUCACUUGUUAAAUGAAAAGGCCAGUUGAUUAUGUUCCUUCUGA